AUGUCCAACGAACAGAACCCCGGUCUUCUCGGUGGCCUCGGAGACACGCUCGGAAAGACGGUCGGAGGCGUCACAAAUACAGUGGGCAGCACCGUGGGCGGACUGGGUUCCACUGUUGGCAACGCAACAUCAGGACUUGGACAGACUGUUUCUGGUGCAACUGAAGGCGUCGGAAACACAGCAAAGAGUGCCGGCCAAGGUGUCCAGAGUGGAAUCUCUAGUGUCGGGGGCCAGAAGCAGACUGGCGACAACCCCUUGGGAUUGAACAACUAA